UGGCCAUCUGACAUAGGACGGCGGGCGUACUUUUCCAACAGGGCCCAUCCAUCGGCACCGUCUGCAGUUUCUUCUGGCUCUCAUGCCACCUUAAGCCUCUCUCUCUCUCUGUCUGUGACUGAUUGGUCGUUUCGUGUGGAGUGGAGUGUUUCUCAAAGAUCAUCAACCUGCAGGCGGCUCAGGCAAUAUAGGAAGCUUGAUCAAAGCCAGGCAUUUCAAUUUAUUGGACUUUUAUGACCCAUUUGUCGUUCUUAUUCAUCACUCAUUUAUUAGACCGGCGGUCUACCUAGCGUUUAAUUGUCGUUGUCGUUUGUCCUGAACCAGUAUCAACGCCUGUGUUGCAGUUGGAGUUCGAUUAACUUUGAAUCUGUAAAAGCUAACACAGGAUAGUUAUAUAUAUAAGUUGACGUAUUCACACAUAUUCUUAUACAUAAAGCUACCAUUUGUUCUUUUCACCUCUGUUGUACCUCGAUUGUUUCUAAACGCUAUCCGAUGGGAACAUUUCGCAUUUCAGCCGUAACGCGAUGUUGUUCAAAAGCAUCCCGCGGUUGUUCCACGUGACCGGCAUCCGGUUGUACGCCACUGCGGAGAAGAGUGCACUGGCUUCGCUUCGCAAAAAGACCGGCUACACAUUCGCCAACUGCAAGAAAGCACUCGAGCUGCACAACAACGACCUGGCGAAGGCGGAACUGUGGCUUAAGGAGCAAGCGCAAGCGAUGGGUUGGUCAAAGGCUACGAAACUCGAGGGACGCAAUACGGCACAAGGGCUGAUCGGGGUGCUAGUUCAGCGGAAUGCCGGUGCAAUGGUUGAGGUAAACUGUGAGACGGAUUUCGUCGCAAGAAAUGCCAGCUUCCAACGGUUCGUGCAGGUCGCAUCGGCUGCCUGCGUGCGACACCUGGAACACGUGGAAGCGGAUGUAAAUCUGACCAAAGUUGGGCUAAACGGUGAAGCGCUGAAGCAGAUCGUCCUGGAGGAUGGCAAAUCGUUGGGUGACCAUCUCGCACUGGUGAUUGGGACGGUCGGUGAGAACGCCUCGCUAAACAGGGCCAUCUGUUACAAGGUGCCGGACAACGUGCAAUUGACAGGAUACGUCCAUCCCGCACCAAACGAGGAAGUUCCCUUUGACGUGCCUCUCGUCGGGAAGUACGGCAGCUUGGUGGCAUUUAAGGCAGAUCAUUCCACGGUGCAGGAAACAGGUGACGACGAACUCAACGCCGUACAGGUGGCCCGCAAAGUUUGCCAGCACAUCGUGGGCAUGAAACCCGAGCGCAUUGGCGUUCAGGGGAAGGACGAACCGGCCACCGACAAGGACGAAGAAACGUGUCUCAUCCAUCAGGAGUAUCUGGUCGAUCCAACGUACACCGUCGGUGAGGUGCUGGAAGCAAACCGAUUACAAAUAGUCGACUUCCAGCGGUUCGAGUGUGGAGAAAAGUCCAAAUCCGAAGAGCAGAAUGUUCGCGCCGUCGCUUAGGACACGCCACGUGGACAAUCUCUCUAGUCGCUAAUAAAAUCGAAUGUUGUAAUUAACGUUACACACCGUGUCGUCCCGGGGCUGAUGACAUAAGCUUCUCAUUUCCGCGGUUCUUUCGCACAAUUGCACACGCGGCUCGGGUAACUGACCGUCCUUG